CCCUGCCAUGACGACAAACAAACUCAGAUAAGGUAGCAGUAUUAAUAUUCCAGCGUCUGCACGAAUUAAACUUCCUUUUUUUAAAAGCGGCAUGGACAGAGCUGUGAUUUGCUGGUGUUUUGUCUUUUGCGGUGUCUCUGUGUUUCCCAUGAGGGAAAGUUUGGCUGAUGUUCUCUUUGAUUCUGGACCCAGUGUUGGAGAUUCUUCCCUGCGCCCGAACGAUGACCUGUUUUCCGAAGAAAUCCAGCUUCAAACUAAGUUUCCUUACUUCGACCGCCUUUUUUCGUCUCUCUUCGUGAACACCAACGGGGCAGUUUCCUUCCUUCGAGGCGUCCGUCAAUUUGUACCGGACCCAUUCCCGUUAAAUGGGACGCUCAGGAUCGUUUCCCCAUUUUGGGCGGAUGUCGACAUCAGGAGAGGCGGAAAUGUCUUCUACCGGGAAGUGACGGCCACCACUGACGCUCCGUUAUUAAUCAGGGCCACAGCCAUCAUACAUAACGCUUUUAUCAAAAAAAGAAUCCGGUUAUUUGCGGCAACUUGGGCGUUUGUAGCCACGUGGGAUAACGUCACAUACUAUCCAGGAAGUCAUCCCAAUACUACCAACACCUUUCAAGUUGUACUGGUUACAAACGGGAGACACUCUUUUGCUAUCUUUAACUACGGCAAGAUGAUGUGGUCAUAUAGAGGAAAAGGACAGGCUGGGUUUAAUGCUGGCGAUGGCGUUCGUUCGUAUACCAUCGACGGGUCCCGUACUCCGGCCGUGGUCAACGUGUCCCUUACGUCCAAUGUGGGACAGCCAGGGCGCUGGGUGUUCCGGGUAGACGAGGCAGAAGUGAAAGCCGGCGGCUGCAACACGAAAGGCAGUCUGGUCUUGUCCCCUGUAACGGGAAACAUCCUCGGAGGCCAUGAGGUCGUCGUAUGGGGUCCAUGUUUUACUAACGACGAUGACGUAGUCUGUAGAUUUGACGACACGGAUGUCCCAGGCCGCGUGGAGAACAAUCUGCGUGCCACGUGUGUGACUCCACCACUGUUCUCCCCACGCCGAACCCAGUUUAAGUUGUCUAUGGACGGAGGAGAGAGUUUCACACACCACGGGCUCUACUACCCUGUGUACCGUCACGAACAGAGUGAUGUUAGGAGCAGGUUCCCUACAAAAUGGGGAAAUGGCAGAUCAGCUGUAAUUGAAUGGGAACCUGAAAUGCUGCACGAGGACAAAGACACGGAAAGAAUCCACGUGGAUCUGUUAACCUUCAAGGAACUUUCUAAUGGCACAGUGCAACAACAGUGGUAUGAAAUAGCCAGCAACGUUCCCAACAAUGGUGAAUAUGAGAUUGAGACCAUUCCAACACACGCCAAAGGAAUUGUUGGUGCUGUCCGUAUAACUCCUGCACUACCCCCUGCCUUGGAGAAAUGGAGAUACAAAUAUAGAACACGCGCUAUCUGGACUGAUAUCCACGUGUUGCCCACCACCAACGUCCUGGCCACCUUACUAAGUGAAGACUGGGAUGUGCUUAAAACAUAUACCUUUAGUUCACUGAAAUCCAAAGUGGAAAAUCUGAGAGAUGGUGUUCAAAAUAGUUUGGAAGAUGUCCAAAGCGUAUCGCAUCUAUGGGAUAAAAUUCAAGGCUUAUCUGAUUAUUCUGAGCCUGCUUGUCUGGCGUGGUAUUAUAUAGACGCUAGAGAGGCACUGCCCGCAGACCUGGAGCCUUGCCCCGUGACGCUGCAGCAAGCAUUGCGGGACAGAGGACGGUUUCAGGCAGACGAGACUUGCAGACGAGACCGCCCCAGUUGUGGCUUUCACCCUGGGGCUAGACACUGCGUCCGCUCUAACGAUUGCAGUAAUUCUGGAGCUGGCCAGCAAUGCUGCUACGACUCCAGGGGGUUACUCAUGAACGUGAUUGACAGCCCAGGGGGCGGGACCUUGCACAAGGCACAUGUCAAUGGCUGCCCUGAAUCUAGAACCAAAAGAAGCAAAUACAUCAGUCAUGCCAUUCACGACAUAGCGCCAUACCAUCUGUGUUGUAAGCGGCCCUCAGCUAAAAGCAACAUUUGCUCGGAGACCUACUUCAAACGAAGACCGUCUAAUGACGGUUGGGGUUACGUGCCUCCAAGACCAGCCAUUACGUUUGGUGAUCCUCAUGUGGUGACAUUGGACGGUCUGAAGUACACAUUUAACGGUAUUGGAGAGUACAGCCUCCUGGAGAGUACAAACCACACCUUUACCCUCCAGGGCAGGGCCUCACAGCUGGCAGGGAGGGAUGGCCAGGUCAUUAUGGCCACAGCGUGGACAUCGUUAGCCAUGGCGGGGGCCAAUACCAGCAGAGUGCAGGUGUCUGUUGACGAACUGACGGGAAUAGAGGUGAUGGUGGACGAUGAAAUCAUCGAUUUUGAGGAACUAGGGAAUGUCGUCCCGGGUAUAGAAGGCAUUGAAAUUGAACUACUAGUCAACAAGACCACUGUUCUGGUAAGCUUUGACGUCGAGCGAGUGUUUCUGGAAGUUCGCGAAAAUAGCGGUGUGUUGAACUUCAUGCUGUACCUUCCAAAUAACCUUAAAGGUCACGUGACAGGACUCCUUGGAGUGUGGAAUGAUAACCCUGACGACGAUUUGCAGUCACGUGAUGGAAACAUUCUAGAUUCGGAAGCAUCGCUGGAAGACAUUCAUUAUAAAUUUGGGGAAACGUGGCGAACCGAAGAACAGUUUUCUCUUUUCACCUAUGGCAUCGGCGAAAGCCAUGGAAGUCAUCAAAACGCAUCUUUUCGGCCCAUCUUUGAGCUGCUGCAACUCGAUAACGAAACUCUUCAGGCCGAGAUCGAGGCUGUGUGCGGAGAGAGCGUUGAGUGCAGGUUUGAUUAUACAGCAACUGGGGGCAAUGCUGCACUGGCUGCUGCAAGUCAAGACAUCAUAGUGACAUAUGCAGAAGUGGUUUCCGACACUAAACCAGUGAUAAGCUGUGGGUUUUUAUCAUCCCCUGUCAAUGGUAUGAAAGACACGGUCUCUUCCCUGGCCGGUACCAUGGUAACGUUCACGUGUGAGGAGGGGUACACUUUGAUUGGACCUAAGAGCACAGCAUGUCAAGAGGACGGGUACUGGAGCAAUGAUGGCGACGUGUCCUGUAUCAAAGAUUCAGCAAACGACCCUGCCUUGUUCGGCACUGUGGCCAUUGGCGUGGGAUCGGCUUUGGGCGCCAUCUGGCUGGUAAUCAUCAUCUCUGUUAUUGUCAUCAAGAUGGGGAGACACAGGAAGAGAGUGGAAGUGUACAAGAAGCGACCAGAAGAAUGUGCAUCUGAGAGGGAAAAUGACUGUUAA